AGAGUCCAAAAAAAAGAACACGGAGCAAUUAUUGUGUGCUCCGAAAAAGCUCCGCCCACUUCUAGCCCUUGUAAUCUGUUAGGAAGUCAAGACACACACACACACACAAAAUGCAAAUGUUUCGGCAUUCAUCGGCAGAUAUGUGGAGGGCGAAGAAGCCAACACUGGAGAGAAGAUCAACUGAUGGACGGCGAUCUUCUAUUGUUGAUUGGAUUAAUGGAUUAUCGGAUAAUAACAAUUAUAAGUCGGAUCACUGGGUUGAAAAACAUGACGAGGGGUGCGAGCGAAUGACAAGAAACGGAAGUGUUUGUGCUGUUGAAGAGUCAGAACCAGAUGUGCCCACGCAACACAGAGAAGUUUUACUCACAAAACUGAAAAUUGAGAUCAAAAAUAUAAUGGCCGAGCACGGAGCAAAAAAGUACUUGAACCUCAACUCCCCAUACGUUACCUCACUCUGCAUCGCAGUUGAUGCUUGUAUAAUGGAUGGUCUCCGGCGUCGGCUACUCACAUUAUUCAAUAGUCCAUCAUCAAUGUCACUUCUUCAAAUAAUUGCAAAAUCAAAUGGUCCAGCUCAACAGGUUUUAGAUCAGACAAGAGAGAUUGAGGAGCUACGGACAAGUGCAAUUCCAGUGCAUUUGAUAUGGAUUCGUGAGGCUCUGUAUUUGAAGUCUUUGUCUACUAUUAUCAAUCAUUUUAUUGAUUCAAAAAGUGUCCGUCGAUACUAUGACAAUAGUGCCCUACUACUGGAUCCUGUUAAAGGUCGCCUAGUUGCUACGCUUAUGAUGGCUCCGUGCAUGGUAACAUAUCGAAGAAUGAGCAACCGAAUUGAGCAAGAAGCCACUGCUGAAGAGCUCGUAGAAGGAGCAACACGUGGAUCCACAUCCACAGUUCCGUCUAGGCCACCACUAUCCAUAACCCGUCAAGUGUCUAGUAUAGCAGCUUCAGUUGAAAGGAAUGGCUCCGUGAGCCGUGAUUAUGUAUUUUCACUUCAUCACAGCUGCAAAUCGACCCUUCUUUAUGGAAAGAACAAUGUUUGUGUCGCAAUGAAUGGAAGCGAUUUUGCAAAGGGUUACAUGUCGCUUCAAAAGUUCUACGACGGAAACCUUUCUCUAAAAUGGGUACCCAAUCAACUUAUGCACGCGAGUUCUCAGCCCUCUUCAGGACACUCAAAUAAUGGAGAAUUUACAAAUAUUUGGAAGAAUACUAUAAAUAUUGAAAUGCAAGACAUUAUCUACAUUCAUUUGCAUCAAAAAGAUGAGAUCUCUCCGACAUGCUUGACAUUUGUCAAUUGCGAAGGAGUUCAAUCAGCUCCAUUCCAAUUACCUGCUGGUCAACAUUCAAUUGCAUUUCUUUCUUCACUUGAGACGGGUUUAGCUCCACUUCUGAGGCUUGAUCCUCCACUUUGGGUUGGCACGACUAAAGAGAAAAUUUUGCCUCGUCUACGAAAGCGGUCUACGGCAGUGGCGAAUCCUGCUAUGCUUGACUACGUUUUUCGUUUGGUAAGAACUUCUGGUGUUGAACCGGCUCCAGAGGAUAUUGAAGAUCCACUUGCACCAACAUCACAUUCUCCUCCGAUUCAUGAUAAUUGCGUCUCUCUGCCAAACUCACCGUAUAUUGUCGAUAAUGUGGAUAGUAUUGUAAAUUUCCAAAUCGGCACGGCUUGCCAAUCGAUGAGAAAUCAAAUAAUGGCUCGUGCCUUUUACGGGUGGCUCACCUAUGUUAGGCAUCUGAGGACUAUUCGAACGCAUUUAUUACAUUUGGUGGAUACAAAAACAUUGAUUUGUGAUGAUGAUUGUGAUCCGGUCGAUGAAAAGUUCUGGAAGCAAGCUAGAGCAGAGCCUACUGAAGAAAACGAGAAGGAAUUUUUAAAACGGGUCUACUGGAGAGGAAUAGAAGGAAUUAAUACAAAAGAAGUCCGAAGAAUGGCGUGGCCGUACCUUCUAGGAUUGUUUGAAUGGAAUGAGAGUCCAGAGUCUAGGCUGGAACAGUUUACGAGUCAGUAUUGGCAAGAUAUAGAAGAAUGGCGAGUUCUUGAGGCAGAAGUUCGGCGUAGAGACGAGGAAGCCUUCCGAGCGGCGAGAGCUCGAAAAGCAGCUUCACCAGUUCGAGAGGAGUCGUGCGAUGUUUUCGAGGAUCCGAAUGAGCCAACAUGCUCUCAGCACUACGACCGCGAGAACUUGAUCACCUUAUUCCGCGCAAAUCUGCACAGAAUUGACAAGGACGUGGAGAGAUGCGAUAGAAAUUUGAUGUUCUUCUCGAAUAAAGACAAUUUAGAGAGCUUGAGACGAGUAAUGUACACAUAUGUGCGCCGAAACCUCGAAGAAGGAUAUACUCAAGGAAUGUGCGACUUGUUGGCUCCACUGUUGGUUACUUUUGAAGAUGAGGCUUUAACACUUGAGUGCUUCUCACUUUUGAUGCUUCGGCAACGAGGAAAGUUUCCGCAACGUCCAGGGAUGUCAAAGUGUCUGUUGAACUUGAGAUCAUUGAUACAGGUUGUCGAUCCACAAAUCUACGCCCUUAUCUCUGACAUCGACUAUGCUCAAGCACUAUCGUUCGCUUUUAGAUGGUUUUUGCUGGACUUCAAACGAGAACUAUCCUACGAAUGUACCUACAAAGUAUGGGAGGUCAUCUGGGCUGCUCAGCGACUCCGGAUCACAGAUGAUUUUGCGAUUUUCUUUGGCUUGGCAACAAUCACCAACUAUCACGAUGUCCUUAUCACAAACAACUUUGACUAUACUGAUAUGAUUAAAUUUUUCAAUGAAAUGGCCGAACGUCACGAUUGCUCACGUCUUCUCUCAUCGGCUCGCACCCACGUCAAAUGUUUGCAGAACCUUGUGCAACACCUCAAGUAGAAUGUGUGGGAGAACAUCGAUUUUCUGUGUCAUACGGGUCACUAUCCGAAUGUGUAUUCAUGAAAACUUAUUAUUUUACACUUUUCAUAAUCAAUUUUUUUUCGUCUGUAGUUGACAGCUAGUAGUUUGUAUUUAUUGCAGAAAAUGUAUACUUUUAAUGAAAUUUAUGUACGCUAUUGU